AUGGAUGACGAUAAUUUCAGCACAAGUGAUAACGAAACAGUUUCACAACAGUCGGUUGAUAUUCCGUUGUCCCCUUCUUCAUCCCACCCAGCUCUCCCACCCUCCGACACUGCCCGCGGCCAAAUCGGCUCGCCUUCGUCUGGCUUGACGAGCAAUUCCGACUUCCAGUUGAAGUCGCUCCCUGCUGGACCAACUUCCAUUGAAUCAUCUGCGUCCAAUGGCCGAGUAAAGUUGCGUCAGCAGUCCAUUGGAGCUCUGGGUACUAGUCAUGACCCAAGUCCUCCACCCGCUGCUUUCAACGCGUCGCCAUCAACUUCCCCGAAGUCUUUUGGAUUUUUGACUAGGUCCACUACACGCGCAUCGACUAGUGAAUCGACCCUCUCAUCUACUUCUACCUCGUCCAUCGCCAAGAAGCUUCGUCCCGAAUCUUUAAUUAUCGAUCCCAAAGUACCGAAACUGAUUAUAGGGCUUGCGGUUGUCGAUUUUAACCAUCUCGUUGGGCCGACGAUUGAAAUAGCCUAUCCACAGUCAAUCCUUGAGGAUGAGGAACUCUGCAAAAUCCUGCCCUUUCUAGCAUUACCUGAUGGCGCACACCUUAACGAGGAGGAUUAUUCGUACUUUCAUGUAGUCCCGACGAAGCAAACCGUUUUCCCAUCGCAGCCGGCCCCUCCAGCGCCCGCCUGUACCAUAUUUGCCAUCUCGUGCAACCGGCAGAUUGCAACAUCGACCUUGUUAUGCAAAGAAGCUGAUGUGACGCGUUCCACUGUGCAGAAAGCUGUGGUUGUGCUCGCCAGCAAGCCCCUCUUCGGUAUGAUCAGAGAUAAACUGGGGGUAAUAACGAGAGCCUUCUUCAACCAACGAGAUUUUCGGGAUCACUCGAUAUUAAUGGAAUUUUGCGAUGGUUUGGAGUCCUCCUUGCGUCAACAACUGACAGAAAGUAGUGUGUACAUGGGUACACGGGAACUUGUGCACACGUUUCGCCACCGCACCCUGAUGCUACUCAAGUUGCUCUUGAUACAGAGAAAAAUACUUUUUUUUGGACAUCCGGUUGAACGUCUAUGCACUUAUCAAUACUCAUUAGUUUCUCUCAUUCCCGGCCUGCUACUUGCUUUGGAAGAUUGUGGCAGCCCGUCUCUUCACUCCCGUGCUGCUACACUCGAGCGGGCAAUGGAAUUUAAGUCUUCUGAUCGAAAAAGUGUCCUAAGGUUCCUGGGUUUGCCUCUGGAAAUUUUUGGGAAGGAUGCGUUCUUCCAGCCCUAUCUGCCGCUGCAACAAAUAGACCUGAUGAAGACUGAUUCCUUCCUCUGUGGGACGACAAAUAGCAUAAUGACACAUCAGAAAGAGACUUUCCCCGAUCUAUUAGUUAAUAUUGAAACAAAUUCUUUUGACUUUGCGAAUCCGAUGAUUGAACGUCUUGUUUCCUUGACAGCUGCAGAUAGGAAGUGGAUGGAUGACAUUGUGCAAGACGUUAACGAGGGUUGGAAUGAGGCAGAUCCGCAGCGGUCAUCGACAAUGCAGUUCAAGGGCAGCGAUGAUUACCUGCGGAUCAAGUUCGAAGAUUACAUAUGUUCUGCACUCUCCUGUCUCAAAUACACCGAUUACUUGGAGAAAAAUGCGAAGGGAAAUAUCACGGUAUCGGGUGCCACUGGCGAUCCCAACGUGGUUCGGAAUUUCGGCGAGGGAUGGCUGGAGGCAUUCCAGAAGUCCCAUGCUUUCCAAGUAUGGGACGGGAUUACCGACCCCGUUAUCUUUGACAUUGUUGAACCAAGGCAUCCCUGUGACACGAAGCCGAGCGUGAUAUCUGAUUUUGGAUUAAGAAUAUCCGAAGGGAUUCAUGAGCUUAACUUGGAAAAGAAUCUAGGCUCGACAAAGGAAGCGAUAUCAUCAGCAAUUAAUGCAGGGUCGACUAGUUUCUUCAAGGCGGUAGAAGGUGUCCGGAGUGAAGUCUCUGCUCGAUUUUCCGCCCAAAGAGCCGCUACUAUUCCUAGCACAUCUGUUUCACCUGCACUUUCGCCUUCUUUACCUCCAAUCGAGCGUCGUUCAAGUGCAAAUUCACUUGCCCCCCCUCAGCAAUCAGGUGGCGGGCUCCGUCCCCUCUCUCUUGGGCUCGGUUUGCGUCGAACCAGCUCCCCGGCACUGGACACUAAAGAACCCUUCGCAUCACCGUCAACACCAACGUUAGUAGAUACGGCCCAAGCUGCUCGUGCGGCCAUAAGCAAUUGGGGCACAGGAAUUGGAAGUUUUAUCAGCAAUCGAACCGCGGGUCUCCGGAACGCAACUACGAAGGAAGCAUCGUCAACGUCGCCUAGUCCUUCGGGUACACUGCGAUCCCUCUCCUUGAAUGCAAACUCGGCGGUACUGAGCGAUGCAGCAAGUCGAUCACCAAACCGCCGGCAUUUUGAUCGGCAACUAUCAUCCUCGCCCGUUCCUGUGAGUCCCACUCUUCAGGCCCGAGACCUGGAUAAGGAAAGAGAGGGAGCUAUGAGGGCUAAGUCAUCUGUUGGAUAAGCAAGUCAUGAUGGAUGCUAUCCACCGCUUGCUAUCUUUGUUCUAGCACUGCAAUGAUCUGUAUUUACAUCGAUGAUUCUAUCUUUAGAGUAUACCACCAUCUCAACGGAGCCCUUAGGUGAUUACUAAUCUGUAGCACUGCCUUCCGUACACGUUGUUCUUUCCAGUCGAUCUAUGUAGAUUCGGAGUGGCCUCCCCACGGGCGCCUCAUUCUAAUUUAAUUUCAGGGGCAGCGGCCCCGAGUGGCAAUACAUUCCGU